CUGCUGUUGGCAGAGCGUUACUGGGAGAAGGAUGCAACUCAAGUCUGUUGACAUUGCGGACAGUUCGGAGAUCGAGAGACGUCAUUUGCAAAAGGCCGCAUAUCACAGACUCCAAGCUUACAAUGUAGGCCCCAUCAUCUUGCCAAGAGAUCCCCUACAGAAGCGCCCUAAGAAGGGCGGACUGCUUCGAUCGGGGAGACAGCGAACCUCGAGCUUUCUGGAUAGCCUCAGGGAUAUGACAAGGGAUAACAAAGAUGCCAACUCGGCGCCAUUGGUUUUCGGCAUUGCCCUGGAGAAGUGCAUCCGAAACGAUCGUGAGAUGAGGUUAUACGAGGCAAAUAAGCAGAGAGAAAGGCGGGAAAGUUUGGAUUUAGCCCAACCCCUUCUGAACCCGUCAACCCUCAACCAUCUUACUGAACAUUCCAUGGCGAGUUCGAACAAGCUGGCCCGUUCUAUCAGUUCCCCAUCGUCAUCACGCAAUCGAAACCCCGCCGUCAACUCGGAAUCCAACGCCACGCUACUGGACGCGCUCUCCCUCUCCACCGCGGCGAUGGACGAAUGCCGGCAGAUCCGUCGCAAGAGUCUGGCGCCGCUGGAACCCCAGGUCCCGAGGUUGGUGUCCCAAUGCUUCAGGCACCUGGAGAAGCACGGGGUUCAAGUCAUAGGCAUCUUCAGGGUUGGCGGAUCAAAGAAGAGGAUUCGACAGUUACGUGAAGAAUUGGACGUGGGUGACCUGAUUCAGUUAAGUAGCUCGAUAUCCCCUCAUGACGUGGGGGCGCUGUUGAAAGAAUACUUCCGUGAUCUGCCCGAACCCCUGCUCACGAGAGAACUCUACACCGCAUUUGUAGGAACAGCCAAAUUAUCCAACUCACUGGAGCAGCAAAAGGAAGCACUUCGACUUCUUGUAUACCUCUUGCCCAUUGCACAUCGAGACACACUGAGGGCGCUCUUGUCUUUCCUGCGCACCGUCGCCGCGCAUUCCGCCGACGUCAUAGAUGCGGACGGUCACGAGCAACAAGGAAACAAGAUGGACUCCAUCAACCUGGCCACGCUGUUCGGUCCAAACAUCCUGAGACGGACCAAAUCGGGCGAGUUGAAGGGCGACGCCGCCGACCACAUGGAGGAGAACCGUGACGUCAUCCAGGUGGUACAGCGGCUCAUCGACCAUCACGACGAGAUGUUCAUGGUCUCAGGGGAAAUGCAUGACGAGGUUCUCCGUAGACUUCAAGAUAUGGAUUCUGAAGCACUGGACUAUCUUCUAAACAAGAGGCUUCGUGGAUUAAGUUCGGAGGAGGCUGAAGAGACUCAGCCAUCGGAGCCAAUGGAAGCUAAAGUAGCUGAGGAUGACGGCGAGUUCCAUAUGUCACAUUCUGAAAAUAUCCUAGAACUGCAUGAAUGCAACAGCAUGAGUUCGGACAUUUUCGAGUCUUCGGACGACAGUUGUUUGGAGACACGCAAAGGAAGCCCACGGGCUCAUGAAUGGCUUCUUAGAGGGUCCGUAAAAGUGAGCGCCGAAGUGGCUCGGCAGAAGGCUAGCUCGUUACCGCGCGCGGGAUCUGCUGGUGCAAGGACUAAUGCGCGCAGAAACAAUAUGCUAGCCGAUUGUGAUGAAGUGACAAUGUUGGAUGCGUAUACUCUAUCGGAACAUCCCGAUGAGCAAAGUGAGCAAGAUGUUAGCGAAUGUGCUUCGGCGGAUUCCUCUCAAGAACAACCGACCGGAGGAAUUGAAUUUAGUGCCCCACCCCGAACAUCGCCCUCGGCCCACCGCCCACCACCUCGCCUUGUUAUCCCGCAACAUAAGGGUUUGUCCAAUAGCCGCAGCCCCUCGCCGAAAACGUUCCGCGUCACGUCGUCGAGUCCGCGUCAGCGUUCUGUGUCACAACCGCCCGAGUACGGCAGUGUCAAGCCUGGUAGCUCCAAGAAAGAGAGUGAUAUUUGGAUCCCUGUCUUUGAGAUGCAGCCCACAGGCCUGUACUCGCCGCAGAUGCCUAGGCGGUCGUAUCUAGAGCGGUCGCAGUGGUUUGAUAACUCCGAGGUCAACAACAACUCCGUUGGAAAUCGAGAACCGCCGCAGGAGCCGAAGCCGCGAACAUUAUCGCCGUCGGAGGAAGUCGGUCUAAAGACAAUCAACACCACUGUUACACCUACUCACAUCGAGUGGUCAGUGAGUGACGUAGGUAAGGUGCGAAGCAAUAGCGAGGUUAGCUCACCUCCUAGCUCUGCUUGGUUCACGCCUCCGAGCACUCCUGAUACGCCAAGAAGCACGGAUGCCGCAGAGGGCAGGGGUACGCCGCCAAGGGACACCAUGGUGGGCAACCCAGGUAGGACGUCACUGGCGAUGACGCGUACGUCUUGGGACGCAUCGGCCGAUGAUGAGGAGUGGGUCAAACGGUGGGAAUUCCUGACCUCUGAUGAAGAUGGUGAAUUCUGGGGCCAGGAAACGUUGGUGUAAGACUCCUUCAUUGGAACCUCAUCCUAUAUACCAGGCACAGUCUCAUCCACAAAGAAUAGAGAAAUCUCGAAUGGAUAGCGAAUGUUCGGCAGCGACGCGUUUGGACGCGAAUGAGAAAUCGUCAUCGCCAGGAAAUUAAUUUGCCUUUGGAUAUCUUUGAAAUGCAUCGUCGAAACGGGAAUAAACCCUGCAACCCUUUGAGUAGAUCACGUUUCCUAUACCUCUGCCAUAACCCCACACCUUUAAAAUCAACCUCAUGACAAUCAAUUCUAUCAAAGCCCCUCCCCCUUUAUCGAAAGGAACUGUCAAUGAUGUAAGAAUGUUACCCUUUUUCUUGGAAAAUUCGUUAUUUCAUCAAUGUCAGUGUUUGUUCCAAGUUCAGACCUAUCGCGUGAAAAUCGAAUCCAGGUAGAAGCUCAUGAACAAGGAUGGAUGUUCGCAUGUUGAUUCGCGAAAUGAUUGCAGGAACUUGACGAAAAUUUGAUGAUUGUUAGCGUAGCGAAUUGUGACAGCUUACAAGGUUGUAAUGUCAAUUUGCAAUCCAUUGUUAAACUCUUUCUCUCUUUCUCUUUCUGUAUAUUUAUGUCAUCAAUAACGGGUACACGUCUGUUCGAUCAAUGACUUCGCUCGAAGGUAAUGAAGACAUGACAUGCGACGUACGAGUUUGCAAUGUCUUAUGUUUUAUGGUUGCACGUCUUUCCGAAUCGCACGAUCAUGUAUCAUAUUGGAAAACGAGCAAUCGCACUCCGGUGAUUUGUAAGGUCAUCAUCAUCAACGAAAGUCACAUUAGUGGAAUCUGAACGCUGAUGACCCGUCACCAACACACGAGUAUGAAACUUACGAUUAGCGGAGAGCAACACAUGCUCGAAUGUGAUUUUCCCGCCAGAUUAGUUACGUGUGAAUAUAUUUGCCACGUGAUAUUGAUGGGAUCGUCUGGACCCGAUCUGCGAGUUGGUCAGCGUUCUUCAGUUUUAUGGAAGGUGGAGAAUUUAAGCGGACUUCGAAUUUCUAAAACAUACUCGCAACUGGGGCGUCGUUUUUUCUUUCCUACCAUGUAGCAAGUUGGAGCUCGAUUGCACUUUGUUUUCACAUUGAUCAACAUGUGUUCACGGAUUCAAAUUUCUUCUGUUUAGGAACACAAACUUAUAUGAAAUGAUCAUCUAAUCGAAAACUGAUCAAAAUCAUAUUACAUACCAACCAUGUAAUAUUGUAGUUAUUUAGAUUGAUUAAUAAGGUAUAGCAAUUAUUGCACAAAUCGUGUAGAUUGUACAAAUUAGAAUGAUAACGAAGGUAAGAUUUUGUUAUUGUCAAAUAUUUCCUUGUAUAUCGACCAUCCAUGGGACUGAACUGAACGAAUCACCAACUAAAGAUGAAGACGAAUAUUUGUACUCCCAGAAAAAAAAAUCCCAAGGAACUCUCGAAAGCAGAGGAGGAAUACCAUUGUAUCGAUCAGGUGAUAUUUACUUGUGUAAAUUGAAACUCACGUGGAGUAGUGACUUUUAGUACGGUGGACUUCAGACAUUAAAGAACUGUGUAAGAACUUUGUUGCUGGGAAGACUGAUACUAACUGCCUUUCAGGUUUUUACUGUCUUUGACAAGUUGUUGACCUUUCUGAUUUGACAAGUUUAACGACGCAGAAACACGGCGUGUCGAUGAGGUAGUCUUGAAAUGAUUUAGAUAGAUGACUGCCGCAAUGAUGAAAUUAUUAAGAAUGUGGCAUGGUGCAUUCUCAUCAAUGUAGGACGGCUUGAUUCGAAUCAUCGGAUCAUCGCGUCGGGUCGUUAGGUGGUGGCGUUACCCGACCUUUUGCGAAGACAUGCCCCUUUGUUCAUGAAAUUUCGGGGUAAUGUAUAUGAAAUAUAUGUCUCUAAUCUACAAAUGGUCUGGUCUAAUUUAUCCGACACUUUGUGAAAACCCUACGGAAAAUCUACAAAAGGUCGCGUCAUCUUCCGCUUUCGUCUUACAAAAGGUCGUAUAAGACGACCACCCGACUGGCGCGAUGACCUGAUGAUUUGAAGUAUGCCACAUAGGUCAAAGAUGGACUGGGAAUUAAAGGGAGAAUUGGGUUGAUUGGCAUUUUUGGCUUUGGGACCUGUCAAUUUAUGGCCAUUGGGGCGAUAUAACAAGGUGCGAUUGCACCAAAAUACCUGUUUACCACCAGUCCGUUUUUAUUCACUGAUCCCAAACGUUUUGGCAUUUAAAAGAGCACUUUGUUUGGGGUUUUUGUAAGCUCGUGUGCCAUUAUGGCGAAUAUGAGAUGUAAAAGCCAUGAUUAAGCUCUGAUUAAUCAUUACAGUGGGAUUCACUGACAUAAAUCGAGAGAUUUGGAUCGACUAACGAAGAGGAAAUUCAAAUCACUAAAUGAAGGCGACGGUUGUCUCGAGUUCGCCAUUCGAUUACCCGUUCUUGUCAAGAGAUGGCGGUAUUUUACAAAGAAAUGGCGUUCUGAAGAACAAAAGGUGUUAUACGACUCAACUCAGUACUUGCGUGUCAUAUUUUUUUUACCACAUAUAUAUUUUGUGACUUAUUAUCAACAUGUGUGUGACUUUCCCGGCAUUGCCGAUACAAACAUGACGUUCGUAGGAGGAUGUGAAAUAACUUGAGGACGGAAUUGUGUAUGAUAAAUGUAUUUAUGACAAAAUAGAAUGUUGAAAAUUACUUUUUUUCACAAAUGGAAUGUUGGAAAUUACUUUUUUCCAAAAUGGUUGAGGAAGAGGGUACGAGGAUGAUUUUAUCCUCGAACACCUCGUGCAGGACGAUUUUUUUAUAGUCGUGCGAUUGUAUAAAGACGGUUUAGCACUGCCACAAAUGCUAUGUGUUAUGUAUUUGAGAAAAGCACUUCUAUUUUCCGAAACAGAAUUGCCGAGAGCAAACGAACUUUGCCGAUCGUUCGGGUGAGAGUAAAGAGUCGUUUUCAGUGUGGACGAAACGAUACGUACAAUGUACAUUUCAACUCAGUUUUGCAUUCUCUAAUUUGUAAGAAAAUGAUAAAAUCGACAUUUGUAGUUAACUAUUAUAAUGGUAGAUAUAUCAGCAGUACGUAAGUAUGUAUAAUACUAUGGAACGCCGUGCGUGGAUUAUUUUCAUAAAUGCAUUACGAGGCGUGUUGAUCACGUGACCAUAAGUGUUUUGUUUCGUUAUGUUAAAAGUAAAUUGUCUGCGAUUAUUUUUUUCAAUAUAUUCCAAAAUAGAGAGCAUUUAUCCAGAGGCAUAUUGUUCCAGUUAUUGUGUACAGAGUAGUCUUAUUAGGCCUAUAAUAUUCAUUGUAUAGCAAGCAUCUAUGCCACCUCCCCCUCCCCCCCCCCCCUUCGCAUUCCUUCACAAAGUCAUCAUUCAGACGAUGUAUACGACAAUGGUAUCGCUACCCAUCAAACUAAAUAGGCUUUCUUCCUGAUCAUAAUUCCAUCAAAAAUCGCAAAGAAGAGGAUUACGUUUCCCAACAUUGUGAUUCAGUGACAAAGCUCAUAUUUAAAAGACUAACUGUCAUGAAAAAGGAAAAUUUAUAUCACAUAUUUUUGUUGGCAUUCCUGAUGAAACGUGAAUUUGAUGCCGGAAGUAAAAUCCAUUGAUAUGCUGCAGUCUGUUUUUCUUCUUCUUUUUGUUUUUGUAUAGUCACGUGAGACGUUUGUAUUUUCUAAAUCAUAUGCUGAUGCGUUCAAAUGCCCUUUUUACUUGGUUGUUCUCUUCGCGAAUUUCAGUGCAACAUUUAAUUCGUCAGAGUGUGAACGUGAUUUUAACAAUUAUUUUGUUUCAUCUCGAAACAUAGCGAGAACUGUGGUAUAUUGGUUAAAGGUCUUGUCUCUUAAACGAAAGGUCCGGGAUUCGAUCCUUGCUCUGUUCUUACACCUUUGGACAGGGUGUUCACCCACAUUUAUACGGAAUUAUACCACUCCACCUUGGUGUAAAUGGCUAGCUAGCAAUGUUUGGGUAAUAGUAAUUUCAGGGCCUGCUGGAAGAGCAGUAUAACUCCUGAUUUGGCUACCAUUGGUAGAUUAAACCGAGAUAGUGUUCAUUAUUUUAUCAUAUUUUAAGAGGAUGCACGUUUUAGUCUUUCCAAAGAUGAUAAUUAAGGGUGUUUACAUCAUGUAGAUAGGAGUGAUGCCUAAUCUUUUAUUAAAACAAUCAUUUAUGAAACGAAAAUCUCUUGCCAUUUAAAUAUGAAAAGAAAAUAUAUCUGGGACACCACAGUCGCAGCUGCAUUAUAUUCUUCUUCUUUUUUUUUUAUAGCAAAUGUUACAUUUGUUUUCUGUAUUAGAAGAUAUAGUAGAUAUCUCAUUUAUAUUUUGUAUACCUGUCUUUUUUUUUACAUAAUACUUCAUUUUAUUAUCAAUUUUAUCUUUCCAUAAAAUACCGAAGUCUUAUCGUACAAUAUGUUGUAUUGGAACGAUAUUUUUUCGAUUUAUUUACUGAUUUGUAGGAAAUUCCUGUCCGCCCUUUGUAAAAAUGUUUGCAACAUCCAGUGGUAUAUAAAGAGGUCAGAAAAUUAAACUUGCAAAAAUAAGCAUAAAAGGGUAUGGUAUACCUAAGACUUUCCGUUGGACCACUUUAAUUUUGCUAAAACUGCUGAAUUAUCAAUAUCACAGUUAAACAAAUGCUUUUAAAAAUGUAUUUAAUUUUAAUUUAGUUUUCAUAAAGGCCUCCAUUUUCACACACUUAUCGAUGAACAUGCUCUCAUCAAAAAGUCUUUCCAAUUGUUUAUUUGUUCAGAUUGAAAGUAUAAUUAUUGUAACAAUUGAUACUCCCCAUGUUUCAAUAUACGUGUAGAAGCCCAUUCGCCAUGAAGAUGAUUCCAUAACUAUUAUAUAGUUAUAAUAAAAUGAUUCUGAGGAGGCGUUAUUCAUAGAUCUAUUGUUCCUAUUUAAUUUGUAUGCUUUUGCUUAAAUCACGUGACCUUUCCUACUGUAUCAACACGGGACAGUUUGUUUCAUAAUACCACAUGACUCUAGAAGAAAGAAUAUAUUAUGUUUUAGAGAAAAACAAUCAAGAGUUAAAACACCCGCAUACACAUAAGUAGAAAAUAAUUUUGUAUUACUUCGCGGAAUUAUAUAAAUAAUGGUACUUGUUUUAUGUCAAUCAGCGUACGUUCGUUUAACUAAUGUUUAUGUGAUACUUUGUCAUUUAAUGUAUAAUGUACACCAUUUAUCUAUUUGAAGAAGACAAAAAGUGUUAAUGGUUAUACGUCUGUGUUGCAAAAUAAUUGUUCAUGCUUGUUAUAAAAAUUAAAAACUGUAACCACUUUAAAAAGUACAUGAACACUCGCCUGUAAAUAUAAAUGUGAAAAUGAAAA